AUUAGCGAAAAAACGCAGUGCUGCAACCGCAACGCUAACUAACUCCGGUAUAUAAAUCCCAUAUCGUCCUUGGAGACAGACAGACAGACAGGCAGACGCAGAGGGAGGAAGAAAUAGCUCCAAAAUUUGUUGAGUAGUGGGCAAUGGAGAUCGAGUCAGCCAAGUGCGAGUGCUGCGGGCUGAGGGAGGAUUGCACGGCGGAGUACAUCGCCGGCGUGAAGGCUGACUUCGGCGGGCGCUGGCUGUGCGGGCUGUGCUCGGAGUCGGUGAGGGACGAGGUGGCCAAGAAGAAGAAGAAGAAAGGGGGCAGUUCUUCUUCCAUGGACCUGGAAGAGGCCGUCAGGGAUCACAUGUCCUUCUGCGGCAAGUUCAGCCGGAGGAAGCCGGCGUUCCGCGUCGCCGAUGGCAUGAGGCAGAUGCUGCGCCGCCGGGCCAGCGACAUCGUCUCCACCUCCUCCGCCGCCUCCUAAUUAAUUCACAACACAAGCAGCUGGCCUGGAGAAGAAAGGUAUGACUGUCUCAUGAGAGCCUGAGGAACAAUGGCGGCGGCAGCAGCAAUCCGAGCUUUGCUGCGCCGGCGAUCCUUGAGAGGUUCUUGGAGCAACGCUAGCUGAACUGCCGAGCUAGCGCCAUUUGCAACCUCGAAUUAAUCCUGUCAGCCUCUUACGUGGAGAAGAUCGAUCUCUACUUGUCGAGUGAAGGGAAGCCGUCUUUGGCCUAGAAGGUGGCUUCUUCAUCGUUCAAGUUUUGGUUGCAGCUAUGUAGAAUUGUCGCAAGCUGAUUAGUACAAAUUGAGCCACUGUUGCAAAUUGCAAUGUAGUAGGCAUUAGGCAUUAUGUCCCCUUCGUUUUCAUCAACUAAAUUUAUUUAUUUUUGCUUGCCAUUCAUACAUACAGCAUUUGUAAUGAUCCAUUCUAGUAGUAGUAUCAGUCAUCACAUUCUCUAAUUCGUUCCACUUCACACCA